AUGUUGGUUUCUCCCACGGCUGAGAGGAACAAGGAAACCAUCCUGGAGGUGCUGGCUGACUAUGUGGAUGACACUAGCUCAGCUUUUGGGCUGGAGCUGGGAUCUGGGACAGGACAGCACGUGGUGCACUUUGCCCAGGCCCUACCCACCGUCACUUGGCAACCGUCGGAGAUCAGCCUAGCUUCUCAGCAGAGCAUCUCCGCUUACAUCCGUGCCACCAGGGUGACCAAUGUCCGAGAGCCCCUCCCCAUAGAUGUAUCACAGCCAUGGGAGCAGUGGGCUGGCCUGGUUCGAGGCUGUUGUGACUUCAUCAUCAUUAUCAAUGUACUACACAUGACCGACCAAGGCCUGGAGGGGAUGUUUAAAGGCAUAGGACAACUGCUGAAACCUGGAGGCAUUUGCUUGGCCUACGGCCCCUUUGCCAUUAAUGGGAUCAUCAUUCCAGAGUGCAAUGUGCAACUAGACAGAACGCUCCAGGCCAGGAAUCCCGAGUGGGGGCUGCGAGAUGUGGAAGAGCUUCGUCAACUGGCAAACAUCAACGCACUCCGGCUUGAGCGCAUGGUAAGAGGCAAGAGGCCAGCCCGCAAUUUUGCAGGGAGCAAUGAAAUAAACCUGCGGAAAGCUCUCCCAGUGUCCUUGACCUCUGCUAUUUCCCCCACAGGUUUCCAUGUUGCUUGCUCCCACCCCUUCUCCUCUCUCGUGCAACUCAGUGUCUGUUUUUAUCCUCAGCUGGAGAUGCCCGAAUACACCAAAUGCCUGAUCUUUCGGCGGAGAGAGUUAUGA